AUGAAUUUCUGUCCUUUAUGCGCUAAUGCUCUUAUUAUUCAGAAUGUUGGAGGAAAUAAUAGAUUUUCUUGUAGAACAUGUACAUAUUUUUAUCCACUACUAAAGAAAAUAGAAACAGUAACAUACUCUAGAAUGGUUAAAGAUGAUACUAUUCAUGAUAUUUCUCUAUAAAAAGAAUCUCUAUAAACUGAUAAAGAUAUGAUUUGCCCUGCUUGUGAGAAGAGAGGUGCCUAUAUAAGACUGGAAUAAGAUAGAAGUCUUGAUGAAGGCUAAACAUAACAUUAUAUUUGUAAAAAUUGCUCACAUACUUGGAAAGAUAUGGGGUGA